AUUACGUAAUCAUUGCUGAAAGGCGUAAACGUCGUAAACAUUCAGGAAUCGUAACCAUUUCCGAGAAUGCGCUACGUUUAUCUGUCAAAGAGGCCGUGGUUGAAGUGGACAAAGAUUUGGAGUCGUAAUUUACAAUAUUUACCAACGAUGUCUGCCAAUUCGCCACCCGGGACCAGCGAUGGAGAAGACUCGUUAGAUGCGUCGACCGUCCCGCCAAAUCAUAUAGAAACUAUGGGCGCCCGCCUUCGGGAUUUGGAUGUAGACUCUAUCCGUAGAUACUUGGCUCAAAAACUCGGUUUCUAUGAGCCUACUGAGCCGGCGGCGCCGGUAGAAAAGGUUUUGGACGAAGUCAACCUAGACGGCAUCGUGAAGUGGAUAAAAGGAUCGCGAUGCAAAAACAUUAUAACAUUGGCGGGAGCGGGAAUUUCUACGUCGGCCGGAAUCCCAGACUUCCGGAGUCCAGAAACGGGUCUCUACCACAACCUGCAGAAAUACAACCUCCCCGAGCCGCAGGCCAUUUUUGAAAUCAACUUCUUCCGACAGAACCCCAAACCUUUCUUUCUGUUAGCCAAAGAGCUGUUCCCGGGAAGCUUCAAGCCUACUGUGUCACACUAUUUUAUCAGGCUUUUACAUGAGAAAGGUCUUCUCCUCCGCCACUACACUCAGAAUAUCGACACCCUAGAGCGCGGCGCCGGCCUCCCGGAGGAGAAGUUAGUGGAAGCCCACGGCACCUUCUACACGUCGCACUGCAUCGACUGCAGGAAGGAGUACCCGCUUGAGUUCAUUAAAGAGCGUAUAUUCUCGGACCAAAUCCCCAUCUGCACUGCCUGUCCCGGCGUAGUCAAGCCUGACAUCGUGUUCUUCGGGGAGAGCCUACCGGACCGCUUCCAAGACUGUCUGCAGGAGGACUUCCAGCACUGCGACAUGCUCAUCAUCAUGGGGUCGUCGCUGGAGGUGCAGCCGUUCGCUUCCCUCAUCGACAUGGUCCCCGAGUGGUGUCCGCGGCUGCUCAUCAACCGCGAGAAGGCGGGGCUGCGCUCGCCGCUGCUGCGGCUGUGGGGGCUGUCGUCGGGCGGGCUGCAGCUCGACGCCGGCGCCACCCGCGACGUGGCGCGCCUCGGCGACUGCGACCACGGCUGCCAAGAGCUGGCCGACAAACUCGGCUGGGGGGAGGAACUCCAAGCCCUUGUAGCAUCUGAGCACGCCCGGUUAGAGCUGACAGGCUCGCUGUCCGCGCCGCACGCCCCGCACGCCUCGCACGUGUCGCACGCCUCGCACGCCCCGCACGCGCCGCACGUACCGGAGCCGGGCGUCAGUUCACCGCUAGACCCUAAACUGUGAGCGUUAAGCUAACGUCUUAUGUAUGUCGAAUACUUUACCGCAGCCAAAAUGUUCGUUUGCUCCUGAAUGUGGAUGCGCGUGCAAAUUUUCAUAUAGCCUCCUAAGGCCCAGCCAUACCAAUAGAAAAUCCAGAAUUUGCCACUGAAAUUUGAACCUUCAGUGCAGGGAAUAGAGUUGAUUUUGGUUUUGUUUGAAAAUUGAACGAAACAAAACAAAUGCGACUCUGUUCCAAUUGAAUAUGAUUCAAAUUUCAUCGAACUGAAUAAGUACUAUAGGUAGAACCUUGGGCCUUAGGAGGAUAGUUGAAGUUUUCUAAGGUGAUUUUUUUCGGGUAAGCCUUCAUGUUAAACAGAAGGCAUUGUUUCGCUACAGAAUACGUCAAGAGUGACAAGCAACGAGCCUGUUUAAAAAGCAACUUUAUCGGCCUGUUUUUAUGGUUCAAAAUCAUAUAUCUCAUUCAACACGGAUACGAUCUUGGAGAAAAAAUCUUAGCACAUAAAUGAUAUAUUUUUGCGAUCGUCCAGUCAAUAUUAUUGCUUUUGCGCGAAUUUGACUGCACCAGAAGAGAUAUAACUCGUAUAAACAAAUCAAAUAUUUGAGAUAUAGCAAUAUCGGAAAAUUCUGAACCCAUACCGUCCUGACUAUGGAUAAUGAAUACAGUUGUAGUGCAUAAUUAUUUUCCAUCGUAUUUUCACGGAAACGUACGAACGUGUCUUGAGGUAGCAUGACAAAUACGAGCAUUACAGAGAAAAUACGAUGCUAUGUAACAAUGCACUUUAUUACACUUGUAACACGGUUUAUUGUCCAAUAAUUUCAAUGGUGUUAGUUAGUGACUUUUGCUUGUCACCCGACGAAAUGCAAUGUUAUUUUGGCCGUUUAUGAUAAAAAAUUUCGCGUCUGUGUUAAUUUCUUGUUUAGAUGAAAUAUAUUUAUUUAUUAGUUGACUUAAAUUACUCAUUAUUGUAUGAAUAAAAUCAAAUUCAUAUUCGGGUGUGGUUUUCAAAGUCUGGUUGCGUUAUUUUCACCAAUAUUUGGACAAAUCCCGGUAGCAAAACGAAUAAAAAAUACAAAAUUCUUUAUAUCUUUUAAAGAAUUUGCCACAUUUUUAAUUAGGGGAUCUAGCCGCCCGUCAAGCAAAGAAAUGCCUGUGUUGUGAAAUACUUAGUAAUUGUUUCAGUGUUUUUUUAUUAAUCGAGUAAUAUCGUCACUUUCUUGAACUGAAUUUAGAAUCUUUUUUAUGAUAUGCUACAAAUAUUAGUCAAAAAUGAAUUAAUCGCAACUUUUGUUGUAACUUAAAAUUACAAUUUUUAACAAGCAUUUCAUUAAUUGACCAAUUGAAGGAAUGUUUACAAAAACAACAUAACUGCUUAGAGCGGUUGACACUUUUUAAGAACAUUGUCAAUCGUUUCAGGUGUCAACCAGGUAGUCAGUUAUGUUGUUUUUGUAAACAUCCCUUCAAUUAUAAGCCUUUAUUUAUAUGAAGGUUUAUUCAUGGCAACUUAAACGUGUCUUCUUGGAAUGGUAGACAAUUAAAAGUCAAGAAAUGCAUAAUUUAUUUAUAUCAAAAAUAUUAGAAUUAAGUACUUAUUUAGUCACCUUUGCUAUAGCACUAGGACUUUAUUUGGAAUAUUACUCGGCGACAUUAAAAUUGUAAACCUUAGGAACCGGGGUCAAUGUACGAAAUUCUUCGUGCUUUGCGUCCUUACUUUAAAAAUACGCACAGUCGAGUUUUAAUUUAUAACCCGUUUUGUUCCUUGCCACAGUGACAAUAAUAGAGUUAAGCCACGAAAAGUCUGCAGCGAUUUUUAUAGCCCUCGCAGUGCCAGUGUUAUUUAUACAUCAUAAUUUUAUAGAAGUUUGACGUUUAAAAUAAUACUUGCACUGCGUGGGCUAUCAAAUCCGCUGCAGACUUUUUUUGGUCUGACUCUAUGAGGUCUCUAGUGACUUUCAUAUUGAUUAUCACUGUGACAAGGUACGAAAUGGGUCAUAUAUUAAUACUUUCGAACGUACACAGUUUACUAGCUAAGGCACACUGUUAAAUAUGUCGCUCUGCUCGCCGUGGUAUAGACUCAGUGAGUGAAAAGCCUUUGACUCAGUGUGUGAACAGCCUUUUCAUCUUAGCGUAUAUUCCGGUUAAAGCAUAAGCGGCUGUUUUGGAAUCCAGGACGGCUACCGUGAAAAUCGAAAAUCGUCAAUUGCGGGCAUUUUUCUCUGUCACUCUAAUUACGCCUUCAUUGGAGUAAAAGAGAAAGAUCCCCGCAGUUUGCGAACUUCUGUUUUCGCGGUAGCCCCUCAGGAUCCGCUAAGUGUGUGAUUCGCCUAUGUCAUGAUAAUAGUGCCUCGUAACAUAACUUUAAUUUAUUUUAUUUUAGGACUUUAAUAAGUGUUUUUCUCAGUUUUAAUAUUGGAUGAGAAAAUGAUUAAUUUUAUGAAAUAUUUAUACUGUUUGGAGUUUGGAAUAAUUCUAAAUUGCAAUGAGGGGUUUUAGACCAGAGGUAUACAGUUGGAGUGCAUAAUUGUUUUCCUUCGUACUUUCUCGGAAACGUUCGUAUUCUUGCUACUUCAGUUCACCUCAGUAUUUUUUGUACAGUCACCUGCAAUAGUAUGUUACACAACGAAGGCCGCAAAAAUAUCUGACACGAUCUUAUUUGUAGAGCCAUAAGAGCGUGUCACAUAUUUUUGCGGCCUUCGAAGAGUAACAUAUUGUUGCAGGUGACUGUACCUGUACCUACUGACUGAAACAGCAAGACACGUUCGUACGUUUACGUAAAAAUACGAAGGAAAAUAAUUAUGCACUACAUCUUUACUUAACUGCGGAUUAAAGUUGAUCCGCUCGUCAACCGUGGUUAGUGAAACAGGCCCUUACAAAAAUAUUGUUGUAUGUCAUAAUGCUUUGUUUUACUUUUGUUGUUUUUUUGUAUAAAUUAUAUCACAAAACUGAUGUAAUCAAAUGUCUUAUGAUGCAGAUGUGUAUGUAUACUAUUAUAAUUAUAUUUAAGAUGUGUAUAAUUAAUAUGUAUUAUGAAAAUGGAAUUGA